GAUGACGUCAGUGUGGGGCGCGUUCGGCUGGGGUGCUGCGAGCCGGCGGGAUGCACCGGCGCGGGGUGGGCGCGGGCGCCAUCGCCAAGAAGAAGCUGGCAGAGGCCAAAUACAAGGAGCGCGGGACGGUUCUGGCAGAGGACCAGCUGGCGCAGAUGUCUAAACAACUGGACAUGUUUAAGACUAACUUAGAAGAAUUCGCUAGCAAACACAAGCAAGAGAUUCGUAAAAAUCCCCAAUUUCGAGUCCAGUUCCAGGACAUGUGUGCAACGAUUGGGGUGGAUCCAUUGGCAUCUGGGAAAGGCUUCUGGUCAGAGAUGCUGGGAGUUGGAGACUUUUACUAUGAGUUGGGCGUUCAGAUUAUUGAAGUCUGUCUAGCUCUAAAGCACAGAAAUGGAGGUCUCAUAACACUGGAAGAGCUUCAUCAGCAAGUGCUGAAGGGAAGGGGGAAGUUUGCUCAGGAUGUCAGCCAGGAUGAUCUCAUUCGUGCAAUCAAGAAGCUGAAAGUUCUGGGCAGUGGCUUUGGGAUUAUUCCUGUUGGAGGAACAUACCUAAUCCAGUCUGUGCCAGCUGAAUUGAACAUGGAUCAUACAGUGGUUCUGCAGCUGGCAGAGAGAAAGGGGUAUGUAACGGUCAGUGAGAUCAGAUCCAGUUUGAAAUGGGAGGUGGAACGAGCCAAACAGGUGCUGGAACACUUGCUGAAAGAAGGCAUGGCCUGGCUUGACACACAAGCCCCAGAAGAAUCUCAGUACUGGUUACCAGCUCUCUUUACAGAGCUCUACUCUCAAGAAAUCACACCAGAGGAAGCCAAGGAGGCAAUACAUUGACUGCUGAGCAGAAAACAGUGAGCUCUCUGAACUUGUGCUGCUUACUUUCCCUACAGCAUUAUCUGUGUAUUAUCUGAAGUGGAGGGACAGUUGACUUGCAAAAAUAAACACUUUAAAAAACUA